AUGGCACAGCCUUUGCUAGCCAGACGGGGACAGGCACGGGGACGCGGCGGCGACUACCGUAGUGCAGGAAGCGCGGGGGAGACUGGGAGGAGAGGAGCGCGCGGGGGGCGGGCAGUGCCGGCCGCGCAGGACCGCCCCCUGGCGCGCGCCGCCGCACCGGCCGCGCGCCGGAGCCCACCUCGGACUUUGGCUCAUGGGGAGCGCGCGCGGACGCCACGGAGGCCGGAAAGGUCCCGGGACGCGCUCUGCGCACGCGUGGACCCUCGCAGGGUCUCCGGGAACGCGGGCUCGGAGACGGCCCUGGGCCUCUCUCUGCUGUUCUGGCUCCUGCUGGAUAGGCAAACAGAAUUUGAAAAGUUACUUUUUCAAGGCCACACAACUGGUAAGAGGUGGAACCAGGAAACAAACCAGAAAAUUAAGAAAUGCCAAGUAGGCCGGGGCCGGGGGUGGCGAGGGCGGUGGGCCGUGAGGGGGCUCCCGGGCUCCGCGCUCACGCCGGCCCGCCGCCCCCAGGACAUGUUCCUCAUGAUCCGGCGCCACAAGACCACCAAGACCACGGACGCUAAGGAGUCGAGCACUGUGUUCAAGCUAAAGCGCAUCGUCGAGGGCAUCCUCAAGCGGCCGCCGGACGAGCAGCGGCUGUACAAGGACGACCAGCUUCUGGACGACGGAAAGACAUUGGGCGAGUGUGGCUUCACCAGCCAGACAGCACGGCCUCAGGCCCCAGCCACUGUGGGGCUAGCCUUCAGGGCAGAUGAGGCCUUUGAGGCCCUGUGCAUCGAGCCCUUCUGCAGCCCACCCGAGCUGCCGGAUGUGAUAAAGCCACAGGACUCAGGAAGCAGUGCCAAUGAACAAGAUGUGCAGUGA